AUGAUUUCUUCAACUGUCUAUUUGGAACUGAGAUGUAUGUUAGGAAAAGUGCUUUUGGCAACAAAAACCACUUCAGCGAACAAGGACAAAGAUAAGGAUAAGAAAAGACCCAUUUCACGGUCGUCCCUGACCCCCGCGGGAUAUAAGGAUAAGUCGUCCCUGAUCCCUGUGGGAUGUAUUCAUAGGCAGCUGAAGCAAAGGAUCCAGGCCAAUGGACGAGUUGGGGCCACUGCUGCUGUAUACUUAGCCUCCAUUCUUGAGUAUCUCACUGCAGAGGUUCUUGAACUUACUAGGAAUGCAAGCAAAGAUCUCAAGGUGAAGAGGAUAACACCAAGGCCUUUACAACUUGCUAUUAGGGGAGAUGAGGAGCUUGAUACCCUUAUUAAAGGGACCAUUGUUGGUGAUGGUGUCAUCCCUCACAUUCACAAGUCCCUCAUAAAAAAAACCGCCAAAGAAUAA